AAGCCUCACAACUCACCUUUGAAAAUAAGCUGCAUCUAAAUGAAGUAGCAGCUGCUUUUCACAGGAGGGGAAAAAAGCCAACCAAACAAAAAAACCUCUUACUUCUGGGCUAGAGAGGCUUUCAGUGGUAUCUGAGGGUGCUCUGUGAUCAAUAGGCAUGGGAAACAUCUCCUUUUGGGAUGAUCUGAACAGCUCCUGCAGCAAUGCAGGCAACAGCUGCUACCUGGAAAACAGCAUGAGGUUAAACUUCACCCUCCAAGAGCAGGCAGCUGAUUUUUAUGUUGUUCUGCCUGUGAUCUACUCUGUGAUCUGUGCUGUGGGGCUCACAGGCAACACUGCUGUCAUCUAUGUGAUCCUCAAGGCCCCCAAGAUGAAGACUGUGACCAACAUGUUCAUCCUGAACCUCGCUAUCGCUGAUGACUUGUUCACCCUUGUCUUGCCCAUCAAUAUUGCAGAGCACCUCCUCCGCUACUGGCCCUUCGGAGAAAUCCUCUGCAAGGUCAUCUUGUCCAUAGACCACUACAAUAUCUUCUCCAGCAUUUAUUUCCUGACAGUGAUGAGCAUAGACAGGUACCUGGUGGUACUGGCUACUGUCAGGUCCAAGAGGAUGCCCCACCGCACGUACCGAGCAGCCAGGAUCAUCAGCCUGUGCAUCUGGAUCCUGGUCACCAUCAUAGUCCUCCCUUUCAUCAUCUUUGCCAAUGUCUACACCGACGACCUGGAGAUCAAGAGCUGUGGUCUCAAUUUCCCCAAGCCUGAGAGGUUUUGGUUCAAAGCCAGCAGGAUCUACACUCUCAUCCUUGGCUUUGCCAUUCCAGUAUCCACCAUCUGCAUCCUCUACACCAUGAUGCUCUACAAGCUGAGGAACAUGCACUUGAACUCCAAUGCCCGAGCCCUGGACAAAGCCAAGAAGAAAGUCACCAUUAUGGUCUUCAUAGUCCUGGCUGUGUUCCUCCUGUGUUGGACUCCCUUCCACCUGGCCACUGUCGUGGCUUUGACCACUGACUUACCCCAGACCUCCAUGGUCAUUGGGAUAUCCUACUUCAUCACCAGCCUAAGCUAUGCCAAUUCAUGCUUGAAUCCUUUCUUGUACGCUUUCCUGGAUGACAGUUUUCGGAAGAGUUUCCGGAAGUUGCUGGAAUGCAGAACUUCUUGAACAGGGGGUUGGGGCUGGCAGGUCCCUGCCCUUCCAGGGCUUUUCAGGGACAGCUUUGCAGACUGGAGGAGUGGCCAAAGAAUGCACAAGGUCCUUUCUUUGGUUUACAUGUAAUGUGUGGUCUGUUUGUAACCCUCAUCAGCAACAGUGUCCUGCCACUUGCAACUCUAGUAUUUUCCCUCUUUGCUCCUACCAACUUCUCAGAGUUGCAUUUCUAGACCCUGAUUUUUAAUUUCACCCUCUGAAUUAUUGAGGACAGAACAUUUCCUUUUCAGGGGUGUACUUCUGCCACAGAGUGGUCCUUUAUUGCCAUCUGCUGUACAGCACGGACAGGCUGGAGACCAGUUCCAGAGGAGUGCAAAGCUCAGUUCUUUAUCACUGAGUUAUUAGGGAGGAUUGUUUAAUGGAGGAGAGCUAAUGAGCACUUUCAAUGAAACAUCAGUAAAACAAAGGAUGAGUAUUUGGAAGAGAAAAGAAACUAUUCUUAAUGUUCAUGUAUGUUCCUGUGUGUUAUGGCUUUCUUUUGAUUUUGAAGGAUGUCCAUCUUCCACCCCACCACAAAUUGCCUCUUUUCUGUCUUGUUAAAUUUAGACCAAAAGGAAGAUUUGAGUCUCAAAAAUAGUACUAAACAGCACAACAUACAAAUAUUAUAACAAAUGUGAGAAUUUGUGUUAGAAAUAAUUUUGAAUUAGUUGUUCCUGUUAAGUGUCAAAU